AUCCCUUCUAUCUCGACGCUAGCACCAAGUAUGGUCUCUAACUCUUCUCAUAAUUUGUUACUCACUCCAUCCCAAUCUUCUUCUCAAGAUCAAACACACCGACCACAUCCCGUCUCAAUCCUAUCCGUGUCAUCAUCCUAUACAAACACCACAAAAUCAUCACAUCCCAACUCCCAAAAGUCUCUAUCCUUGUCCAAAACUAUCUCCUCAAUAAGAGAGAUUAUAGUUGUUGCCGAUAAUACCACACAUCAAGCUCCUAUUACUAUUUCUUCUCCCCAACGUCCAAACCCAGCUCCACAACGAACUCAUCCCACGACCCUACGCUAG